AAAACCCGCUUUUGUUGAUUGUGGACAACCACGGUUCACACAGAAGUCUACCUGCAAUCGAGUUUUGCAGGGAUAAUGGCAUUCACCUACUUACAAUACCACCCCAUUGCUCUCACCGCUUACAACCCUUGGACGUGAGUGUGUUUUCGCCGUUCAAGCACGCAAUGAAUGUGCUGUGCGACGAAUGGACAUACAGGCAUCCCGGAAAGCCGAUGUCUAUUUUUGACCUUCCGGCUAUCAUCGACAGCGCUCUCGAACGGAGUGCCACGGAGCGAAACAUCAAGGCCGGGUUCCGGGCAUCAGGUAUUUGGCCCUUCAACCCGGAUGUAUUCACUGCAUUGGAUUAUGCUCCAUCAUCAGUGACAGGACCUUCCUUGGUUGACGAAAUAAUACCAGGAUCACUGCUGGACACUCUUUGCAGAAUCAGACCAAUCCCGCGGGCACCACCGCGUGCUACAGGCAGACGAGGACGAAAACCUGGACGAGCUGCUAUACUGACGGACCCCACUGAAAUCGCUCUGAUGGAACAAAACAUACAAGCGAAGGGAGUAGCCCGACCCACUCAACGGCGAGUAGGCCGACCACGUAAAGCAACUGUGCAGUUUCAUCGCCUCGUUAGUGCACCACCAAGACCAACGAUGGUGGUGAUAAAGAGACCACCUGGAAGACCCCGCAAAUCACAGGCUGCAGCGGAUAAGAGGCCCGUUGGCCGACCCCGCAAGCCUCCAGUCGUUAUACUAAAAAGGCCUGUUGGCCGACCUCCAAAGUCACUAGCCAUUGCUAAGAGGCCCGUUGGCCGACCACCAAAGUAUCCAACCAUUGCUAAGAGGCCCGUUGGCCGACCUGCUCAAAGUAAAGGCACUGCCAAGAGGCCCGUUGGCCGCCCACGCAAGAUUAAGACGCCUGUUGGUAGGCCACCGAAACAACCAGCAACCAAAAUAAGACAUGAAUCUGAAUAAAUAAAAUUAAUCUCAUGUCAAAUUAUUUUAGUUUUUCUUAAUCAGAACAGGUCCGCAUUAGAUCACU